AUGGCUGCCAUCUGGAACCGCCCCGCACUCAACGCAAGCAAAGCACAACCGACGUGCGCCAGCUGUGGGGGUCCGCAUGAACACUGCUCCUGCCAGUUUCAGGAUGUAACCUGCCGGUCCUAUGAGUUUGUGACAUGCGAGGAGGAGUGUGGGAGCCUUCCUGACCACAUUAAGCAGGCCACUCCAUUAGGCAAUUCCAUGUUGCUACGUGUAUUGCCGUCUUUGUAUGAAAAGCAAUCACAGCCAAUUAACAGCCACCUGAGAGACCUGGUUGCACUGAUGUCUCACUUGGAACAGUCUGAACAGCACCAUCUUUUACAACUUUUGCUGAUAGUUGCUAAGAAAAAACAGCCUGAGGUGCUUCAAGAAUGUAUUCCCUCUCUAAUUAGUCACCUAAGAGAUCCCAGUAAUAAUGACAUCAUCCUAAAUAUACUGAUAGAAAUAUCAGGCUAUGCACCAGAAGUACUGGCCAAUUUGCUUCCUAUACUGAAAGAGAUUGGAGAUAGUUUCCCAAGUCUGAUUGGACAAACAGCAAAGCUCUACGGAGCCGUUGGACUCAUUGAUGAGGAGAGAGCCCGAAUAUGCCUGAUCUACUUGGUUAAUCAGCUAGCUAACAUGGAACAUUCAUUCCAUCAUAUCCUUCUGCUGGAGAUUAAGCACAUCACAGACACCUUCUCCAAUAUCUUGGGCAUCCAGAGCAGAGAUAUUUAUCGUAUGAGUAACAGUUUCACUGCCAUAGCUAAACUUCUCAUUCAACAGCUGGAAAAUGACACUACCUCUGACAGCAGAGUAGAAGAUGUUGCUGAAACAGAAUCUCCUUCACAGCUGGAUGAUUUAAAAUCCAUUGUGAGUGGAAACGAAGAGGAAGAAAAGCUUCAGGUUAAAAUACAGGCUUUUGAAGAGAAAAUAAACCUUGACAACAGUACGCCUGGCUCUGUGCGCAGGUAUAGCCUCGGCCAGGUUUCUAAAGAAGAAAGGAAAGACGUGAGAUUUAACAGGUCCAAAAGCCUGGCUUUCCAUGCUGUUCAGAUGAAGAGCAUUCAUUCAGACAAUGGGCAAGAGAUGGAGAGUGGAGAUGUUACAGGAGGCAUGUCUUUCACAGAUACCUUUUUGAGCCAGGAAAGUGACAAAUUGCCUUCAGCUGCAGGCACUGAAGAGCCACAGCUGGAAAAUGCUUUACUUUCACACCCAAGUAUCAAAUGUAUAGAAUCAGAGAAUCCGCCAGAACCUGUUAAAGAAAACUGCUAUGAGGGGAGCCCGAAGACAACAAAGCAACCUGUGGAAUAUCAAGAUAAGCUUUACUUUCACUUAAAGGAAAAUCUCUCUAAAGUGAAAGCAUAUGUUCUGGAGAUGGGGAGGAAAAUUCCACUCCCAGAUGAAUGUGUUAUUGAAGAUACUGUUAGAAGUUCUGUAGCAAAGCUGUUCUUCAGCUGCCCCCUGAAAGGCCAUUACUGCUUGUACAGUAAAUCCAGCUUUAUUCUCAUCAGCCGACAGCCUCAGCUUUGGAUCCAUAUCAUGUUUCUCUUUCAGCAGAACCUGUUCCCAGAACCUCUGUCCAUGCAAAAUACGUCUGUACAAGCUCUGAAAGCCUUGUGGGAGAAAACCCAGCUGAAGGGAACACACAGCUUUGAAACAGCCAUGGUUCAGUCUAUGUUUCUGCCCCAGAAGGAUCUGGACCAUGUACAGAUACAUCUGGAAGAAGUGAGGUUCUUUGAUUUAUUUGGUUACAGCGAGGAAACAGGGGCUUGGCAAUGUUUCAUGUGUAAUAAUCCUGAAAAGGCAACAGUUGUGAAUCAAGAUGGCCAACCCCUGAUCGAAGGCAAGCUGAAAGAAAAGCAGGUCCGAUGGAAAUUCAUCAAAAGGUGGAAAACCCGCUAUUUUACUCUGGCUGGCAACCAGCUUCUCUUUCGCAAAGGAAAAUCGAAAGAUGACCCAGAUGACUGCCCCAUAGAGCUUAGUAAGGUCCAGAGCGUCAAAGUUGUGGCCAAGAAGCGCAGAGAUCGCAGCCUUCCCCGGGCCUUUGAAAUUUUCACAGACAGUAAGACGUACGUUUUCAAGGCCAAAGAUGAAAAGAACGCAGAGGAGUGGCUCCAGUGCAUUAAUGUCGCAGUUGCACAAGCCAAAGAAAGGGAAAGCAGAGAAGCAACUACAUACUUGUAA